UAUAUAUGGCAGCAAUGUUUCCCUCACUCGAGUCACCAGCACGGAUAUUUGUGUUGUCUCUGUCGCGCCAGCACAGACCUCUGGUUGGCCGCUCGUAGGACCGGAGAUAAAGGUAAAGAGCUUGCGUGUCUGCAAAAGAAAGUCAGAUUUAAAACCUCGGCAUCAACAUUAAUGAGUGUAUCCUACUGACGAACUGUCUCUGAUAAGGUUUGCUUUUAACGCAUAAGAAGGAGCCAUAAAUUUUGCAUUAGUGAACAUUAGCUGAGGAUCAACAGGGUCGUGAUUAGCCGCGUGAUCAUAAAGCUGCAGAUCACGUGUGUGGACGCUGUUAUUUAGUUAAGCAUUACCCCUUGUCUGUCUGGAAAUGGUAUCUCAGCUGGAGAGAUCCGGCCCGAGCGCGGAUUCGGUCACAGGUACUUUGACCAUCCGUGCUGGCCGCCUUCCUGUUCGCCCGCUUUCUGCCUGUUGAAGUGAAUGCCAGGAGGGAUUAGGUGAUCUGAAAUCCCAUGAUGGGAGACGAGAAGGUAAAUGCUACCUCUCAGUGAGCAGCUCCACGGCCCGCCGCAUACAUGAGCCAUAAAAGCUCCUUUGUCCUCCACUAAAAGAAAAAAAAAAGAAAAGAAAAAAAAAUCAACUUUGAGGGGCUGAAAGCCUGGUACGCUCAGUUUCUUUAGGUUACUGAUGAAAGUCCGGAUCUUGAGAGGUAAGGAGCAAACGGCAUGUUCAGGAGAUACGAUGCAGGUUUGCAAACCUAAUCAAAGACAAGCAAAUGCAGGGGAAUCUGCCGUCACUUUGCAGGUUUCUUGUUCUUUUGAAAGGAGACAAAGUCUUACAGAUAUGUGGACCUUGAAGUAUCGAAUUAUCUGGAAGGCAUUAUCAUCAGAAGUUUAUCAAAGUUACGAAUCUUAACAACAGCAUAACUGCAAAUAUCCACCAGGAAACGGCGAGGGGGGUGGGGGGUGUUGUCACCCUUUUCUGCUUCUCUUCCUACAAAUAAAGUCGUUAUUCUCUGUGCUUAAGCUCUGAUUCCGACAUAUUCCUGAUCUAACAUGUAUAUCAGAUUUCUGCUUACUUUUCAAACACGGUAACACUCAUGUUGCUUUUUUUACUCCCAGACUAACAAAAAUCAAAGGCAUGCAUUCGGCCUCUUUUGACCUCUGUUUGCCUUUGAUUCGUUGUUUUUCCUCAUUUGUUUUCAGAAUUGAUUGAUUAGGACUUGAAAUGGUGACCUGACCAGCUGCACUAUCUCUGACGUGAUAACUGCAUGAGUGGAUUGAGACCACUUUGUAAGACCACUGCAUUUUAUUUAUUUAUUUUAGAAAAGCUACUCAACAAAGUAAUAGCGCAUAUAACCAAUGACUGAUAAAAGGGCAAUCGGUAAUCAGGGCGUAGUUUUCUGUCCUGUGGACUGCAAAGGAAAUUCCAGGCAUCAGCACAAUCAUAUCUUGGGGAGAUAAAGGAGGUCACAUAUAAAAGAAAUAUAUAGUUUUAAGGGGAUGACGGAUCCUCUCAACACACCUGUGAGGCAGAGACCUACGAAGACGUGAGUGUUCAGCUUUCUACAUCUCACUCUCUGACGCGUUCUGUUGUGGCGUUCUCAGGAAACUGGACUUUUACUUGCUUUUUUCUGUAGGUUCACCCCACAUUUUUCCAGUGAAAAAGGAACACCAUGCUCUGAAAGCAGUGAUGUUUCUUGAUAGGGAGAGCUGACCUGGCAAUCAUUUACUGACACAUCCCCUGAUCUGCUCUUCCAGUCCUUCUCCUCUCCCCUCGAUCUUUCACAAAUUUGCUCUGCCCGUCUCCACAACAUCAACCUGCUCUCUUCCGCCUGUGGGCUCUUACAUAAUCCCCUCGCUAUUCUGAUCCGAACCCCAGGCAGAAGCAUGCCGUGCGGUGUGGUCAAGUCCUUUCUGGUGAGUCUUUCUCGCAGGAAGCCCAUCGAGCCCGAUGGGGAAGAGUCCACCUUUAACCGAUGCCUGACCACCCUGGACCUGAUCGCCCUGGGCGUGGGCAGCACCCUGGGAGCCGGGGUCUAUGUGCUCUCGGGAGAGGUGGCCAGAGACACCGCAGGACCCAGUAUUAUCAUCUCCUUCUUCAUCGCUGCCUUGGCGUCUAUAUUUGCCGGACUUUGCUACGCGGAGUUUGGAUCCAGGGUUCCCAAAACGGGCUCGGCUUACCUUUACAGCUAUGUGACGGUUGGUGAGCUGCUGGCUUUUAUCACCGGCUGGAAUCUGCUGCUCUCCUAUGUCAUAGGAACAUCAAGCGUUGCUCUGGCGUGGAGCGGGACCUUCGAUGACCUGAUUGGGGGGGUCAUAUCCAGGUACUUCGAGAAAAAUGCAGCCAUGGGCCUUCCUGGACUGGCGCCUUACCCAGAUGUCUUUGCAGCUGGUCUCAUCUUGCUGCUCUCGGGCAUUCUGGCGUUUGGGGUGAAAGAGUCAACGACCAUCAACAAGAUCUUCACGGCGAUUAACAUCUUAGUGCUGCUGUUUGUGAUCAUCUCUGGGUUUAUCAAAGGGAACCUCGCCAACUGGCAGAUCAGCGAAGAGGAUCUGAUAAACGCCACAACACAAUUCAACAACCUGAGCGACACCCUCAACGUAACGAGCAAAUACGGAGUCGGGGGAUUUUUUCCUUAUGGCUUCAGCGGCACUUUGGCAGGAGCUGCAACGUGUUUCUACGCCUUCGUCGGAUUUGACUGCAUCGCUACGACAGGUGAGGAGGUGAAGAACCCUCAGAAAUCUGUCCCUGUGGGCAUUGUGGCUUCUCUCCUGAUAUGCUUCCUGGCCUACUUUGCGGUGUCUGCCGCCCUCACCCUGAUGAUGCCCUACUACAUGCUCAACGAGAAGAGCCCUCUGCCAGUGGCCUUCGAAUACGUUGGCUGGGGACCCGCCAAAUACGCCGUGGCUGUGGGAUCGCUGUGUGCCCUGUCCACCAGCCUGCUGGGCUCCAUGUUCCCGAUGCCUCGGGUUCUCUUCGCCAUGGCAAGAGACGGCCUGCUUUUCCAGCCUUUGACCAAAGUCACUGCCAAGGGCAGUCCCGCCAUAGCCACCAUAUCGUCCGGAGUCGUGGCAGCCAUUAUGGGUCUCCUGUUUGACCUGGAAGCCCUGGUGGAAAUGAUGUCCAUUGGUACUCUGUUUGCCUACACACUUGUGGCAAUAUGCAUCCUGAUACUGAGGUACCAGGCAGCCCCAUCUGAAGACACGGACCUGCAGGUCAAAGAACCAAACCCCAAGUUUCGGUUCCUGAAGCCUCCCUCGUCUCCCAACUCUGUCACAGCACGAAGAGUCACAAUCCUAACUAUAAGUUCUGUUGUGUGUGUGGUUGCACUGUGCGUCACCUUGACUCAGGCCAUAGACGCUCUGGUAAACGUAGAGGCAUGGAGCGUGGUGCUCGUUUGCAUCUUCUCCUUCCUCCUGCUUCUCAUUAUAAUCUUCAUCUGGAUCCAACCACAGAAUCCCACAAAGGCAACUUUUAUGGUGCCAUUUCUGCCAGCUCUACCUGUAGUGAGCACGCUCAUCAACGUCUACCUGAUGGUGCAGUUGGGUUCAGCCACAUGGCUGCGAUACGCUAUCUGGAUGUUAGUGGGGUUAGUUAUCUAUUUUGGCUACGGAGUCCGCAACAGCGUUCAGAGGAAGCGACUCAGGACCGACCGGACCAACGUCGAAACAGUCAGCAGCAAAACAGACACGCACGUAAUUAGAGAGGAGAAGUUUUGAGCCCCAAAGGGGGUGUGAAGACGAGAUACACUGAGAUGUUACAUAGAGUAACUACGUAAAAACUGUGUAACUAAAUUAUUCUACACGCAUCAAUUAGUAUCUACUUUUGUGGGUUUUAUUGACCAAAAGUGCCAGUAAGCAGGUUUUGCAGAACAUUUGGAAAGAAAUGACCAAAUAGGGGGAGAAUUUAUUUUUUUUUUUUCCUUAUCUGAAACUGAGUUACAUCUUCCCAGUCAGAUAUUUGUGCUGUGUAACACAUCACUGCAUAAUCAGCAUGUUUAGGUUCAGAGAAAUUUACUGUACUUCCUAAAAGGCGUUGGAGAGAAACAAAUAUUUUAAAGUAAAAUAAAUUAUUUAACAUAUUUGUGUAUUUAUGUUGCCUCUCACACUGUUGUUAUGAAAUAAAAAGACUAAUAAACAAAAUAAUUCUUAUUUUGUAACAUUUUGAUACAUUAAAUUGAAGAAUAUUGUAUUUACCUUUAAAAUUGUUGCCAUUUUGUAAUAGCGAUAAUGAUUUUAAGCUGCAUGUUUUUUCUUUCUUUUUUUUUUUGCUUUUUGGCACAAGCAGUUGUGCUUUAUACAAUAUACCAUUUUGUGUAACAUCAUAUUUGGUUCGUCCUUUUUUGUUGUUUAAACAUAACUUUGCUAAAAAUUGCAUAGGGUUUUUACAUGUAAAUAUGAACAUUUUGCACAUUUGCUCAAAUUCUGUAAAUGUAUUCCUUAAUUUAAAAAGGAGAAAAACAACAUUUAAUUGUAACCUGGAGUUACUUUUGUCGCAGGUUGACUGAAAGUGAAAUAAAAUGAUAAAUAUCACCA